UCUUAUGUUCUGUUUAUUAUUCAAAUAAAUCUUUAAUCAUUCGGUUUGGACGAAUUCCCUAAUUCUAAGUGGGCACAAUUACCAGUCAUUAUCUCGAAGAAAAUGGCCUCCAAUCUCUCCGAGACUCGACUUUCAACUCGUGGAACAAUACAAGUUCACCGUACGCUUGGUAACAAGAGUUUGACUGUUUAUGUGAAAUCGAUCGAAGAUCUAUUGUGAAACUAUAUAUAUAUAUAUUGCGAUUAUGCCUAUAUUAUACUGUUCAUCAUGUUCAUGAUAUUAGUGUCAUAUAGAACUCUUGACUAGUUUGGUAGUUCGAUGGAAGCGAUGGGGCAUAAUCUUCCUAACAUCGAGCCAACUGUAGUUCGAAACUCGUCAGCAUAGAGGAGUUUCAGUUCUGAUAUAUGGGACUGAUAUCAACGAUACCAUUCUCUGUCUUUCGUCAUCCUUGAUAAAAGAAGGCUUUGAUCUUAUUUUUGAAUUAGGGAAAUAGAUCUUGACUGAAACCAGAAGCGAAUUGGAUAGAAGUAAGCCUAAUAUCUUGGAUUUAGUUCGACGAUGACUUCAUGCCAUUUUUUUUAAAUCUUCUUCUGGCAUAAAAGCCCCCGUCCUAUACAGACGUAUCUUCUGAACUGCUGAAUUCUUAGUGAGCAUAUCGGCUAUAUUGAUGGAGUGAUCUGACUUCGGAAUUUUACUUUUAAUAAACAAAAAAAAAACUGUUGGAAAAGAUGACUGUGAGCAUUUUUUUAUAUAGGAAUUAGAGGAGGAAAGCUAACCGCCUAAAAUGUCUCGAAAGAAGCACCAAGUUUCCAUGAACCCGUCCCGGGCCCUCCAAGCCUUACGGCGCAUCAAGGACAUCCAGCCCGACGACCUAGGGGACCUUGGAUUCAUCCUCUCGUCAGAGACGAGUUCUUUAGUGCGGUGUAACAAUCAUUCCUUCACUGUCGCCAUGCAGAAACAGAUGGAUAUCUAUUACCGGCAUCACGUGACCACGAUGCGUAAACUUUCUCACGGUCAACAGUCGGAGUACCGAAAUCUGAUCAAAGUCAAGAACGAGAAACGAAGGAUGUACCGUUUGGGCAUGCUGCGACAUCGGGAGGAGGCGGAGUUCGAUUACCGAAUGAAGACGGAAAGAGAUCGCAACGACGCCGAAAUCAAAUUAUUGAACCUCAAGUUAGAAGAUUACGGCACCGCCAUCGGAGAUGAAAGCGAUAUGCUCAGAAAAGAAGCCGACAGAAGUGGAUGGUUACGUAUCAGAAGACGGGAUCCGACGAACUCAAGCGGUCUCCUCCCGACGAUCCAUGACACCAAUGACGAGGCUGAUGAUGACGACCCACAACGAGAUGUGCCGAAAUCAAAUUUAUUCAGUGAUCAGGAAUCUCCAUCGGGUACCCUCAUUGCCGGCGGCGAUGGUGGCGACCAUAGCGAACAGUUCACGUCAACAAGCAACCGUGUCCUUGGUCAUGUUGGUACUGAUGAUGUGAACUUAAGCUCCAACAUCACACCUAAUUACAACGACUCACAAGAUGCGUUGCGGACAUCCGAUCGACUACAUCAUGCGUUGAACGAUCAGAAUGUGCAAGGCGCUACUGAAGUUAAAGCCCACGUUGAUCAUAUUAUUGAUGAUGAGCAUCAAUCUAGGACAGACAUCCCAGUUAGUCAUGUAGGUGAAAAAACUAACCAAUUACAGGAGAACAGAACAGAGAGUACCGAACACCGUUGCUAUCUCCAGGGUAAGAUACGUCCAGAUGAUGGUGUCCUAGAGCUGGACGAUCCAGGUGUGGCACCACAAGGCUCGGGACAUCACCUCAAGGAGACGGACGAUUCUCAUAGCAAUUCAAAACCUUGUCGGACAAGGACAACUGGGAUGACCUCUCCAAACAUUGUAGCCAUACACCCAGUAACCGAUUUGGUGACGAAGGGACAGAAUGGACAAGGGGUGCCCAGGGUUCGACGUUCGAACGAGAAGACAGGUUCAAGCCACCGUGGUGAGCACGGUGAGAGGAAUGGCAUUGAGAUCAGAGAGAGGCAGGCGUGGGGUAUGACUAAACGCGUCCAAAAGCUGCCAAGUCUGGACCUUCAGCCAAUUGAUCAAGUUAUUCGAUACCACCGCCAUGACGCGGGCAGAGAUCUUGUCGGGACCGUCAUUGCUGUAAAACCGUCGGCUGAGAAGUUUCCUUUGCCCUCGAAGAGGUCCAGUUAUCAGAGGAGGAAGGCGCUACAGUGGCAUGUCGAGCAAGCACCUGAACUGCAUAAGAAGAUUCAUGAGUUUCUUACAAAAUGCGACGCAGUGCCUCGACCUGCAUCCAGCCUUCACUCUCGCCCAGUCUUCUUCUUCUCCCGUCAUAUCCCCACCGUAUCAAGAUUUGCGACGUCGACCGCGACCACGGACACGGUUCAGCGAACGAAAGAGAAGACGAUAAACGGUAAUGAUAAUGAUGAUGAUCUAGUGACUUUCUCCAAUGAAAGAGCACCAUCUACGAUACAUGGUCACAGCGUCGCGAUCACCAUGGAUAUGAUGAAUAGGAAACGCGGAGUGGUAACUCCUCAUAAAUGAUGCCUUUAUUCAUUUCCAGCCAACAAAAUGUGCGUUUGAAUAAUGUGAUAAUGGUUGCAGAAAAAAGUUUAAUAUAAAUUUCCUUGCCAGACACCCCCAAAAUAAAGUCAACUACUGCAAGAAAUUUUGAGAAUCUAAGUUCAGUAUCAUUAUGUUUGAAAGCAUGUGUGGUGUGAAGUUCUAAGGUAGCUUGAGGUAAAUUUAAUGAAUGUUAAAAAUGUAUGGCUUGAUGAAUGUUUUUAUUGGCUAGGUGUUCAUACAAAAAUAGAUUUUGUUUAAUAUCAUUUUUAUCAAGUUAUUUUCAUUCGUUUGUGUAUUGUUUUUGUAAAUAUUUGGAAAAUAACUUUUCCUUCGUAUGAUAUCAUACUUUUCUGAAAUAUGAGUAUAACCUAAAUUUUGUUUUUUCUCAAAGAAAUGGCUAUCUUUGUAUUUUCUUUUAUCAUGUCACCGCUCAGUUGCAUUGCAUCUAUAAUUGCGCCCUCUAUCAACAUUAACUAUAUAGGUAAAACGAAAAUGGAAAACGCAAUAAUUUCAUGUCCUUCGUAGACUGCGGGAUGCAGAUGUUAUUUGCUGUUUUUUAAUCAGGAAUUUCUGACGGGAAUGAGAUAUGUUUUCCUGAAUUCAUAACCCUUUUUAAAUUGAAGUCAAUUUUUUUUAAGUCUUAUUUUCAUUUAAAUAUAACUCCUCGAACAACGUUGUGAAACAACACCCGUAUAAUGCUGCAGAAUACGUUGGAGCAAAAAGGUUUUGAUACUGAAAAUGCGAACUUUAUGAAUUUUAUUAUACUAUACUCUUAUUAUAGAGCAUUGUAUUUAUUUUGUUUAAUGUAUUUUUAGUUGUAUUUUAUGUCUAUGUAUUUUGUUAACCUGAGAAUCACUUUUGAUACGGUGGAACUUUUUUCGGAGAGAAUAAAGAAAACGAGUAGGAUAUGCCUUUAGGAUCAA